GGCCGAGCUGCUGGGAAGCGGUUCCGUGCUACAUUGGACCGUGUAGCGGGGCCAGCUGCAGAGCUCACUCAUGUUUUCCUUCCGCACUAUGCAAACUGCUAUUCGCAGCAGCCUGCUUCCUCUAUUGAGGCUUAUUUUGAAGAAUAGGAUAAGAACCCUUCCCUUGUUCCGCUGGUUAUUCUAUACUGGUCCAGUUUCGUAGACGGGGUGUUUCUGUGGGUGUUCUUUCUAGCUUGCAGUGUGUGUGUAAUCUUUCAGUGUUAUGAUAAAAACCCUAGUUUAGUGCAGACUUAGUUUCCUACUGCGUUUAUAAGUUAUGGAUUAUUUUAAUGGCUUUAAUGUUUGGAAUUUCCUGAGACUGUGGAAGAAUAGGUAUUGUACUGCUUUUUAACCAAUUUUGCUCAUAUAUAAAAUUUCAUAAAACUGUUCACUUCUGUGCUUUUAAGCUGUGGCAUGAAGUUGUUUAUUUAUUCUCCAGAUCCUUGCUUUCUGAAGUCCUUGUUCAGUUAAUGAAUUGCUCUUACUUUUCAUGACAAGUCAAAUAUUUUUGGUUAUGCACUUUAAAUUUGGAUGGCUUGUCUGUGCUUUCUAUCCAUGUGUGAUGGUUUACUGUACAGUCAGUAAGAGCUAUGAUUUGAACUUGCACUUGUUUGUGGACUUGUUAGAGAUCCCAUUAUGAUCUCAACCACUGGUCUGGUUUUCACCACUGAAGGUUGUGUAUUGUAUCCCUGGUGCAUCGUGGAGAACUUGCUGUUUAUCGCCGAAGAAUUAUGGAGGAGAGCUGUUGUGAAUGAUGUUUAAAAAUUGGGAUAAGAAAGCGGAGUUGUGAAUCCAGAAGUACUACAGAUUAAAUACAUCACGAAGUAGCAGGGCAGCGGAUUUGCUUUCUCAAGACAUGAAGGUGCUGUAUGAAAAUUCUGCCCUUGAAUUCUCCAUGCUUUUUUGGCACUGUCAUUGCAUCUGUUGAGAAGACACGUUGUAAAGUGUUCUGGGUCUGGCUGGGAUGGAGUUAACGUUCUUCACAGCAGCCCAUACAGUUGUUUGGAUUUGUGGCUAAAGGAAUGUUGACAACACAUCGGUGUUUUGGCUGUGGCUGAACAGUGCUUGCACAGUAUCAAGGCUUUAUCGAUGUUCCCUACUCUGUUCCUGCAGUGAGUGUGCUCAGAGUAGGUGCGAAGCUGGGAGGGAACAUGGCUGGGACAGCUGACCCAAACUCACCAAAGGGAUAUCUGUGACAUGUAACAUCAUGCUGGGCAACAAAAACGGAGGUAGAGGAAGAAAUAUUUAAAUGGUUUUGGUUUCUAUCUUGGCUCCCAAGGCAGUUGUUAUUUGGAGGAAGGCUGGACAUCAGUCAGCCUGUGGGAGGUGGUGAGUGAUUUCCUUUGUUUUGUGUUUUUCUUUCCACCAAGGAAACUGUCUUUAUCUUGACCCACAAGUUUUCUCGACUUUGUUCUCUCCCAUCCCACUGAUGGGAGGAGGAGUGAACAAUCAGCUGUGUGGGUGCCUGGCUGCUGGCUGGGGUCAACUCACCACAAAAGCACAGAGAACAGAUGGUCUUCAGUGAAGUUUGUAAAUGGGCAGUUGUUUUCGGUUUGUUGUGCUUACGGAGUACUGGUGCAGAAGUGACAUGGAGUCUGUUAGUGACAGAAUUGGGGCUUUGCUCUUGUUUUGCUACGUUCAGGUGGAGUGGCAGUAAUGGUUGUUGGGUACUCGUUAUCAGGAUGUGGUGCUUUACAGAGCAGGGUUUGUAGAAGGAGUGUUUGCAAAUGCUCAGAGCAUUGGGCUGUUGUGUUUGUUUUAAAGGUAUGCAGUCAUUUGCUACAGAGGCUUGUGUUUGUUCUGAGAAUAUUGUCCUAUUUAUUGUGUGAUGGUGGAAGAUGUUGAAAAUCAGGGUAUGUUAAGUCAGUGUAUUCAAGGUUCUCUUGUUCUUGUUUGAAAGGCAGUAGAGUAAGGAUUUAGGGAAAAUACUGAAGUUGGCUUGGUAAAUUCAGGUACAUUCUGAAGUUUCUCCUUGUUGGGUAUUUUUGCUCUUUCAUUUGAUGGGCUUCACUGUGUAUGUUAAGUGCAGUGCUGGACUGGUGAGUAGCAUACUCUUGUGAAGUUUGAAUCCAGGUGGAUUUCAGAAGAAUGGACAUGUCAUGUAAUCCUGAGAUGGACAUAAGCACCUUCCAAGAACUCAGUUGAGAACUGUUCCCUCGAUACACUGUCUGUUUCAUUGCAACAGUUCAGUGUGGCACAAUUGAUGACCAAGUAAUCUCAUCGUAUUUUCAUCGUUUCCAGAAGUCAAAUUAUGAAUUUCUUUUGCUUCUAAAAUGGAAACAGAAAGACGUGGUGCAUGGCAUCUUGGAACAUGGAAGGAGUUCUUCACAUGGUUAAGUUGAUUUUACAGAAUUUAUCAGGUCUCCAAAGCAGAAACAGGUGAUUUUUGCUGUGGGUUGAGCUCAGCAUGGCUGUAGUCAUCCGUUUACAGGGGCUUCCUGUUGUUGCGGGUCCUCCAGAUAUUCGUCGUUUCUUCUUGGGAUUGAAUAUUCCCGAUGGAGGUGUGCAUAUUAUUGGAGGAGAGAUUGGGGAGGCUUUUAUUAUAUUUGCCACAGAUGAAGAUGCACGGCGUGCCAUGAGCUGUUCGGGAGGGUUUAUCAAGGACUCGCGCAUAGAGCUCUUUCUCAGCAGCAAGGCAGAGAUGCAGAGUACCAUAGAAAUGAGCCGGAAACGAUUUGACCGUGGGGGACGAGAAACUAUGUCUGGCUCUAGAAGAACAGGUACUAAUGGUUCUAGUGCAUCAAGUAUUGGAGAUAUACCAGAUUUAGUUACAGCUUCUCCAAAAGGAAUAAGAAAGCCUAGUUACGGGCCACCAAAUCGCCUGGAGGCUGGGUUCCAUACCAACGGCACAAGAUACGGUGAUAUGGGUAUGCCUAAGUCAAACUAUCAGUUGAGAAAGGAUUGCCACCCGUUUAACCCGGAUGAUCGUUACCUGUUUCUGCGUGGUAUACCUUACUCUGCCACAGAGAUGGAAGUACGUGCUUUCCUUUCGGGGAUUCGCGUGGAUGGAGUGAUUCUGAUAAAGCACCGUAAUGGUUUAAACAAUGGUGAUUGCUUGGUAAGAUGUGCUACACCCGGUGAUGCCUUAGAGGGACUUAAACGUCACAGACAAUACAUGGGUCAGAGGUUUAUAGAAAUCAGUCCCACUACAGAGGAACGGUGGAUGGAAUGCGGCGGGCGGAUAGACGUGCCAGAUGAAAUGGAUGACUUUUUGUGUGAAGACCAUUCUCCGAGAAGUUCGGGCUACAUGCAUUCAAGGAAGCAUUCUCGUUCAAGAUCACCAAGGAGACAAAGAACACAUUCUCGUUCCUCUCCCAGCCAGGAAUAUUACAUACACUUAAGAAAUCUGUCUUUUAAUGUGGAAAAGAGAGAUUUGAGAGAUUUUUUUCCUGAAUUGGAUAUACACAGCAAACAGAUUAAGAUUCUAACAGAUAAGCAUCAGAAAAGGACUAGAGAUGCCUUUGUGGUGUUCAGGAGUGAGAGAGAAUAUCAGGCUGCCUUGGAAUGUCAUAGAAAAGUUCUUCUCAAUCGUCCUGUGUACAUUUUUCCAAUUUCAAGAAAGUCAAUGUUGAAAAUAAUUGACUCUUGUGAGAGGAAAAGAUCACCGGACAGAGAUCAUCUUGGACAGGCCAUAUCAGAAAAAAGUUACCGGGAAGGUCAUUCCAGCCCUAAGAAUUGCGUUUAUGUAAGGAAUUUUCCGUUUGAUGUGUCAAAAAUUGAAGUGCAGAAGUUCUUUUCAAGAUUUGAUAUUGACGAAGAUGAUAUUUACUUGCUCUAUGAUGAAAAAGGAGUUGGACUGGGAGAAGCACUAGUGAAGUUUAAAUCUGAAGAACAAGCUAUGAAAGCAGAAAAUUUAAACCGCCAAACAUUUUUGGGAACAGAAGUGUUAAUAAGACUUAUAUCUCAAGAUCAGAUGCAGAAAUUUGGUGUCGCUGCAUCAUUAUCUGCACCAAAUGAAAUGCAUGGUCAUUCACAUCCGUAUGACAGAGGUGACCUCUCCCGUCCAGUUGGUUCACCAUCUGGGCCACCACAAGGGCCACCCAUGCAUUCUUUUGGUCCCCCUGGGAACUUCAGGCAUCAUUCUGAAUUCAGACAUCCCCCUGAGGACUUCAUGUGCCCUCCUAAGGAUUUUAGGGGUCCACCACCCCUCAUGGAUUUUGGUGGUGACGGUGAACCUUUUGGCAGAAUGGAGUUUGGGAAUAAUAAAAUGGGAAAUUUUCCGGAAGGAAGAUUUAUGCCAGAUCCAAAUUUCAGUGGUGGUUCUGAACGUGUUGUUCCUAUUCUGUUGAAAAAUUUACCUUUUAAGGCUACUCCUAAUGAGAUUCUGGAUUUUUUCUAUGGCUAUAGAGUGAUACCGGAGUCAGUUUCUGUGCAGUACAAUGAACAAGGAUUACCUUCUGGUGAUGCCAUUGUUGCUAUGACAAACUAUGAGGAAGCUAUGGCUGCUAUUAAUGAACUGAAUGAUAGGCCCAUUGGUCCACGGAAAGUUAAGUUGAGUUUGCUGUAAAGGAGGAAAAGAUGCUCUAAUAACACAUUCUAGGUUUGACAGUAUUGACAGUUAUUUUAAAUUUUAAUUACUGGAAGAUGCAAAACAGUUUCCAUCAACGGUUGUAAAUAAUACCCGGUUCAGUUGUUUAGCUCUUGGUUGGAAAUACCUGUAGGACAUUGAAUGUCUUACAUGAAGGUAUAAAAGGAUGGAGUUGUAAUGCUUUGGGUUUUUUUUUUUUUAGAUUAAUUCCAAUCUUAUGUCUUUGCAUCAAAUAAAAACGUAAGUGCUGGUUGACUGACCACACAAACGGUUCAAAUAGAAUAUUUUCAGUGCUACCUGCAUUAGUAAAUGACACUUCUUACUAAGGUUAGCUUAAUAAAAUUUUAAUUUUUUUUGGUUUAUUUUUGUGUAAACCUUUCAGGUUUUAUUCGGUUUCAUAUGUUUGCAGGCAUUCCUGUUUAAGAGCUUGCUGUUCUCAUUAGCUGGCUUUGCAAUUUUUUUAAAAUAAAAAAGAAAUUGCCAUUUAAA